AACCGUUGGAUUUAUCAAUAUCAAAAGUGAAAGAGGAAGGAAAUAAAUCGCAAGGCUUAUCAGUGAAAAGAGUGAGUGAUGAACGAAUUAAACCGCGACGACUUGUUCCAAUCGAAACACUGACGGAAGUAAUUGAACCAGAAAAAGAAAGCACAGGAAAGAAACGGCGUUGUGAUAUAUGUCAAAAGGAAAUAACACAUAUGAAAAAACAUGUGAUGACUCAUACCGGUGAAAAGCCGUAUAGUUGUCCAGUAGCGCAAACGGAACAAACAGAACCGUUGGAUUUAUCAAUAUCAAAAGUGAAAGAGGAAGGAAAUAAAUCGCAAGGCUUAUCAGUGAAAAGAGUGAGUGAUGAACGAAUUAAACCGCGACGACUUGUUCCAAUCGAUACACUGAUGGAAGUAAUUGAACCAGAAAAAGAAAGCACAGGAAAGAAACGGCGUUGUGAUAUAUGUCAAAAGGAAAUAACACAUAUGAAAAAACAUGUGAUGACUCAUACCAGUGAAAAGCCGUAUAGUUGUCCAGUAUGCAAGAGAAAUUUCACUCAAUCCUGCCAUAUAAAAAGUCAUAUGAUGACUCAUACUGGUGAAAAGCCGUAUAGUUGUCCAGUAUGCAAAAAGAAUUUCGGUGAUCUCUGUAAUAUGAAAAGGCAUAUGACGACUCAUACUGGUGAAAAGCCGUACAGUUGUUCGAUAUGCAAGAGAAAUUUCACUCAAUCCUGCCAUAUAAAAAAUCAUAUGAUGACUCAUACUGGUGAAAAGCCGUAUAGUUGUUCGAUAUGCAAAAAGAAUUUUAUUCAGUCCAGCAGUAUGAUAGCACAUAUGGUGGUUCAUACCGGUGAGAAGCCGUACAGUUGUUCCAUAUGCAAAAAGAAUUUCGGUGAUCUCUGUAAUAUGAAAAGGCAUAAGAAGACUCAUACCGGUGAAAAGCCGUAUAGUUGUUCAGUAUGCAAGAGAAAUUUCACUCAAUCCUGCCAUAUAAAAAAUCAUAUGAUGACUCAUACUGGUGAAAAACCUCAUAGUUGUCCACUAUGCAAGAGAAAUUUCACUCAGUUCGGGGAUAUGAAAAAACAUGUGAUGAUUCAUACUGGUGAAAAGCCGUACAGUUGUUCGAUAUGCAAAAAGAAUUUUAUUCAGUCCAGCAGUAUGAAAUCACAUAUGAUGAUUCAUACCAGUGAAAAGCCGCACAGUUGUUCGAUAUGCAAAAGGAAUUUCGGUGAUCUCCGUAAUAUGAAAAGACAUAUGACGAAUCAUGCUGGUGAAAAGCCGUACAGUUGUUCGAUAUGCAAAAAGAAUUUCACUCGGUCUGACAGUAUGAAAUCACAUAUGAUGAUUCAUACGGGUGAAAGCCGUAUAGUUGUUUGA